GAUGCGGGGUGGCGGGGCCAUGAAACCCGCGGCCAUGCUCAUCGUCGAACUUGAGAAUGCACAAUCUCAGCGUGAUUCGAGGAUGGAUUCAAUCUCUUAUGCCCGCGAGCGACGACGCCCCGUUGAGCAAGGGGGCUCUUCACGAGAUGCGCAGGCAGUCCCUCAACCCCCGGUGAGCACAUCGGAUAGAGACCGCCGCUCACCCGAGCCCCGGCCAUCCAGCUCCAGUGAUGGCUUCUUCCAAACACCGCCGCGCAUCCUCAACCAGCUGGUCGACGACAUAGCGCUACAGCGAGCUCUGGACCUCUUCCUCCCCGACGAUGUGCGGGAGACCGUUCUUCCCGACCUACGGGCGUUUGGCGAUACGGUCAUCAGUAAGACAGUGCUGGAUCAGGUGUCGGAUGCGGAGAAGAACCUGCCCUAUCUACGACCGUUCGAUGCCUGGGGUCGACGACAGGAUGAAUUGGUAACGAGCGAAGGCUGGCGAAAGCUAUCGGCGUUAGGUGUGAAGGAAGGCAUGGUUUCGAUCCCUUACGAAAACGAGUACCUGCAGUACAGCCGGACGUACCAGUUCUUGAAGUAUUUGGUCUGGUGCGGCUCGGCCGUCUGGACUACUUGUCCGAACCAAAUGACGGAUGGGGUUGCCGCGCUCCUGCGCAAGCACUUGACCGACAAGUCAUUGGCUCCGCAAACUCGACAGGCGCUUCAGUCGGCGUACGCCCGGGUGACAGCUCGCGAUCCCGACUUCGUUUGGACGACGGGGCAGUGGAUGACGGAGCGGCAAGGCGGAUCGGACGUGUCGCAGACCGAGACUCUUGCAACAUAUGCACCCGACAAAUCCGAGAAAGAUGCGGAGUCCACCGGCAGCGAUGGGGUCGCACUGGGCGAUUGGCUCGUCAAUGGCUUCAAGUGGUUCUCUUCGGCGACCGACAGCCAGAUGAUGGUCUUCCUCGCACGCACCCCGACCGGCAUAUCCACAUUCAUGGCGCCUAUGCGGCGUGUGGUGGGCAAAGAUCACAUCUCCGCGUGGCCACUGCAAGACGUCAAGACGGAGCUGAAUGGAGUGCAGAUCCAACGACUGAAGAACAAGCUCGGCACCAAGGCGCUUCCGACGGCAGAGCUCGUGCUGAACAACACCCGCGCUCAUCUCAUCGGUGAAGAUGGCAAAGGCAUCAAAGAGAUGGCGACCGUACUGAACAUCUCCCGCAUUCACAAUGGCCUGACGGCUACGGGUUUUUGGGGCCGGGGCUUAAGUACGAUUCGCGCCUUCGCUCGCGUGCGCAAGGUCGGGCUGAAACCGCUGUGGACGAAGCCGGCAUUCGCCCGCACCCUUGCGAAGAUGCACGUGGAGUACAAAGCGAAUGUCCUCCUCGGCAUUUUCGUCAUCUCCUUACUGGGGGUGGCCGAGCAGUCCGAGAUUGCACAGUUCCACGAGAGCACAGGAUCGUCGAAGUCAUUUCCAAAGGCACAUGCAACUCGAUUGAUCCCCAAUGCCGAUGCAGCCCAACACCUAUUCCGAUUGCUGGCACCGGUGUUGAAGGGUGUGUCGGGGAAGACUGCGAUUGGUGGGCUUCAAGAGUGCAUGGAGUGUAUGGGUGGCGUGGGCUAUCUGGAAUCUGAGGACAUGCAGUUCAAUCUUGCACGCCUGUUCCGCGACGCCAACGUGAUUCCAAUCUGGGAAGGGACCACGGAUAUGAUGGCCGACGAUGUCCGGCGCGUUGUCUUUGGAAAGACCAGUCAAGAAGUGAUGAGCGCGAUGGAUGCAUGGGUCAAGAAAGUGUUGGCGGAUUCCAUCCCAGAGUGUGCCUCGCACGCACAGUCCUUACAAGGGAUGUGGAAGGAAUGGCAGGGCAUCGUCCACACUUACCGGCUCGAGGAGUUUCAACUGAACGCGAGGAGCAUCAUGGGCAAGUUGAGUGACGUGGUCAUGGGGUGUCUGUUGGUCUCGGACGCCAGCAGGGACCGCGAUACCAUCGCCAUCGAUUUCGUCGAUGCGUGGUUCGCAUUCCGCGACCUCACACCGUCAGCAUCGCCGUCGGCCGGCAAGUUUGAGGAGAUUGUAGCGAGGGAUUUGAGGGUGGUAUUUGGCAGGGAAGGGCCUCAGCAACCAGCAGCAAGACUCUGAGGGCAUUGACGUACGAUACUUUGAUGCAUGUCAGACGAUAUAUAUCACGCAAUCUGGGGCAACAGUUCUUGUGUCUCUCAGCUGUCGUUGCUUCCCAG